GGCGUCCUCCACCCUGAAACUCUGCUCCAGUCCAGGUGGUGGCGGUAACGCGUCCAGUAGCUGCUUCUCCAACCGCCAGAAAACACUGGAGAAGAAAAAACCGCUGCUCGCUUGAGCCGCUUUAGCCCCUCGAGUUAUAAAAAUAAAAACACGUUAUUGUGUCUGGCUCUGAGGAUUUAAAACCCUGAGCUGUGUGAGGACAUGAAAACAGAGACAUCCAUGGAUGGAGAGACCUCAGAAGCCCGUGUGAAGAAAGAGGAGACGCUGGAGCUGAAUAUCUACAGCUAUGGAUAUGCUCUCGACAACCCACCUGAAGGUCUCUCCGUUAAAGUGGAAGAUCCUGACGAUAAAGACUAUCUCUACUGUGAAGUUUGCAAAUCCUUCUUCCUCAACAAAUGCGAGGUUCAUGGACCACCCCUCUUCAUCCCCGAUACUCCUGUUCCCAUGGGAGUCCCUGACCGAGCCAGACAAACACUUCCUCCUGGGCUAGAAAUCCAGAAGUCCAGUAUUCCUGAUGCAGGCCUGGGAGUGUUUAAUAAGGGGCAGACUGUUCCAGCAGGUGCACACUUUGGCCCCUGCCAGGGAGAGCUGGUGAACCGAGAGGAAGCCAAGAACAGUAGAGACUCCUCGGUUGUAUACAGGAGCAUGCAGUGUGAAGAAUACAUCGAUGCCAAAAGAGAGACGCAUGUGAAUUGGAUGAGGUAUGUGAAUUGUGCCCGUAAUGAAGAAGAACAGAAUCUUGUGGCAUUUGAGUAUCAAGGGGGAAUUCUGUAUCGUUGCUGUCGAUCCAUUAACCCAGGACAGGAGCUCUUGGUGUGGUAUGAAGAGGAGUACACCAAAGAACUCAGUCCUGCACCUACAGGAACAACCAGACAGCAAGAAGUAAAGGACGCUCUGCUGCAAGCCUUUUCCUGCUCCACAUGCCCUCGUUCCGAUGCAUCUCCAAUUUACCUCGACAAGCAUAUCCAGAGAUGCCACGAUGAAGAGUACGUGAGACUGCGAGAGUCAGGAGAGAUUAAAUAUAAGCUUCAGAUCCCCUCCAAAUGCUCCAGUCGUCAACCAGCAUCAACUGAUAUUAUCCAUUCUGAUACUUCCCAUAAUGAUAUACAGAAGGAAAUUCACCACUGCUCAGAUUGUGGAAAGAGUUUUAGUUUUCAGAAUGCACUCAAGACACACCAGCUUAUUCACACAAGAGAGAAGCCGUAUCACUGCUCACAGUGUGGGAAGAGUUUUACUCAUCAGAGUGCUCUCCAACGACACCAGCACAUUCACACAGGAGAGAAGCCAUUUCACUGCUCACAGUGUGGGAAGAGUUUUACUCAGCAUAGUACUCUCCGACGACACCAGCGCAUUCACACAGGAGAGAAGCCGUUUCACUGCUCACAGUGUGGGAAGAGUUUUACUCAGCAGAGUACUCUCCGACGACACCAGCACAUUCACACAGGAGAGAAGCCGUUUCACUGCUCACAGUGUGGGAAGAGUUUUACUCAUCAGCGUAAUCUCCGACAACACCAGCGCAUUCACACAGGAGAGAAGCCGUUUCACUGCUCACAGUGUGGGAAGACUUUUACUCAGCAGAGUCAUCUCCGACGACACCAGCACCUUCACACAGGAGAGAAGCCGCAUCACUGCUCACAGUGUGGAAAGAGUUUUACUCGUCAGAGUCAUCUAAGACGACACCAGCGCAUUCACACAGGAGAGAAGCCGUAUCACUGCUCACAGUGUGGGAAGAGUUUUACUCAUCAGCGUAAUCUCCAACUACACCAGCGCAUUCACACAGGAGAGAAGCCGUUUCACUGCUCACAGUGUGGGAAGAGUUUUACUCAUCAGCGUAAUCUCCAAACACACCAGCGCAUUCACACAGGAGAGAAGCCGUUUCACUGCUCACAGUGUGGGAAGAGUUUUACUCAUCAGCGUAAUCUCCAACUACACCAGCGCAUUCACACAGGAGAGAAGCCGUUUCACUGCUCACAGUGUGGGAAGAGUUUUACUCAUCAGCGUAAUCUCCAAACACACCAGCGCAUUCACACAGGAGAGAAGCCGUUUCAGUGCUCACAGUGUGGGAAGAGUUUUACUCAUCAGCGUAAUCUCCAACUACACCAGCGCAUUCACACAGGAGAGAAGCCGUUUCACUGCUCACAGUGUGGGAAGAGUUUUACUCAUCAGAGUCAUCUCCAAACACACCAGCGCAUUCACACAGGAGAGAAGCCGUAUCACUGCUCACAGUGUGGGAAGAGUUUUACUCAUCAGAGUGCUCUCCAACGACACCAGCACAUUCACACAGGAGAGAAGCCAUUUCACUGCUCACAGUGUGGGAAGAGUUUUACUCAGCAUAGUACUCUCCGACGACACCAGCGCAUUCACACAGGAGAGAAGCCGUUUCACUGCUCACAGUGUGGGAAGAGUUUUACUCAGCAUAGUACUCUCCGACGACACCAGCGCAUUCACACAGGAGAGAAGCCGUUUCACUGUUCACAGUGUGGGAAGAGUUUUACUCAUCAGCGUAAUCUCCAACAACACCAGCGCAUUCACACAGGAGAGAAGCAGUUUCACUGCUCACAGUGUGGGAAGAGUUUUACUCAGCAGAGUCAUCUCCGACGACACCAGCACCUUCACACAGGAGAGAAGCCGCAUCACUGCUCACAGUGUGGAAAGAGUUUUACUCGUCAGAGUCAUCUCCGACGACACCAGCGCAUUCACACAGGAGAGAAGCCGUAUCACUGCUCACAGUGUGGAAAGAGUUUUACUCGUCAGAGUUAUCUCCGACUACACCAGCGCAUUCACACAGGAGAGAAGCCGUAUCACUGCUCACAGUGUGGGAAGAGUUUUACUCACCAGAGUGCUCUCCAAACACACCAGCGCAUUCACACAGGAGAGAAGCCGUUUCACUGCUCACAGUGUGGGAAGAGUUUUGCUUGUCAGAGUUAUCUCCGACUACACCAGCGCAUUCACACAGGAGAGAAGCCGUAUCACUGCUCACAGUGUUGGAAGAGUUUUACUCACCAGAGUGCUCUCCAAACACACCAGCGCAUUCACACAGGAGAGAAGCCGUUUCACUGCUCACAGUGUGGGAAGAGUUUUACUCAUCAGCGUAAUCUCCAACUACACCAGCGCAUUCACACAGGAGAGAAGCCGUUUCACUGCUCACAGUGUGGGAAGAGUUUUACUCAUCAGAGUCAUCUCCAAACACACCAGCGCAUUCACACAGGAGAGAAGCCGUAUCACUGCUCACAGUGUGGGAAGAGUUUUACUCAUCAGAGUACUCCCCGAUGACACCAGCGCAUUCACACAGGAGAGAAGCCGUAUCACUGCUCACAGUGUGGGAAGAGUUUUGCUCAUCAGAGUCAUCUCCGA